CGACUGCGUGGAACGUAUUGAUACCCGCAUUAUUGCCAUUGCAGUCAUAAACGUCAAAUACGGUGGUUGUUUGAGCCGGAAAAAAAAUUAUAAUAUCAUCUGUAAUAUUGAUUUAAUUAUUUGUCACACAAAAAAAAAUUAUCUAGUGAAUAAUUAAGCUGAUAAUGUCAUCAGAAAAAAACUGUGUUCCAUAUUCAGAAAGUGGAGAUAAAGAUCAAGAUGAGAAAUUACUUCAGCCAUUUACAUAUAUUCUCCAAGUUCCUGGAAAACAAAUAAGAGCUAAAUUGGCAUACGCCAUGAAUUAUUGGUUAAAAAUACCGAUGGAAAAACUUUUUGCUGUUGGUGAUAUAACACAAAUGCUUCACAAUUCAAGUUUAUUAAUAGAUGAUAUUCAAGAUAAUUCAAUAUUACGACGUGGUAUACCAGUGGCACAUUCAAUCUACGGUGUUGCAAGUACAAUAAAUGCUGCAAAUUAUGUAUUAUUUAUUGCACUUGAACGAGUGUUGGCACUCAAUCAUCCUGAGGCCACUCAAGUUUACACUGAACAAUUAUUAGAAUUACACAGAGGACAAGGAAUCGAAAUUUAUUGGCGUGAUAAUUAUAUAUGUCCAACUGAAGCUGAAUAUCGACACAUGACAAUGAAAAAAACUGGUGGACUUUUCAAUUUAGCUGUUAGACUUAUGCAAUUAUUUUCUGAUUGCAAAGAAGAUUUUUCAAUGUUGGCUGGUAUACUGGGAUUGUAUUUUCAAAUAAGAGAUGAUUAUUGUAAUUUAUGCAUGCAAGAGUAUUCGGAAAAUAAAAGCUACUGUGAAGAUUUAUCUGAGGGAAAAUUUAGCUUUCCCAUAAUUCAUGCUAUUCAGAGUAAACCAGAUGACAGACAAGUUAUGAAUAUUUUACGCCAAAGAACUAAAGAUGUUGAAGUUAAAAAAUAUUGUGUAACACUUCUUGAAAAAUUUGGUUCAUUUGAUUAUACAAGAACAAUAUUAGCUGAAUUGGAUAAAAAAGCACGUGAUGAAGUUGAAAGACUUGGUGGUAAUCCACUUUUAAUUAAAGUUUUAGAUGAUCUUCUUAAUUGGACAAAGAAUGAUGAAGUUGAAAUGCAACAGUCUUAAAUAUAAUUAUGAAAAACAAAAAAUAGUUAAAUCUUUUUACAAAAGAUAAUUUAAAUUUGUCAUAGUGCCAAUUUAACUUUGACAAUAAUAUACAAUAAGGCCUAGAAGAAAAAAAAAAAUAUCAAUUUUGUUUAAUUAUAUAAAAGUGGCAUUUGUUACUUUAAUUUUGUUACGUAUAUUUUUUUUUUAUUUAAUAGCAAGUCACAAGCUUGUUUAACUUAAUAAUUUAAGAUUUAAUAUUAGCCAACAAUUAAAUCUGCAAUUUUUUAUAUAAAAUUUAUUUUCAUUUAUUGAAAAAAAAAAAAAAAACAUUCGUGCAUAUCGAAGUCAUAGAAUAAUAAUUUUGAAUAAUUAUAAUUAUUAUUUUCUUAAUGCAUUAAAAAACAUAGUUAACAAUAAUUUAAUAUAUACCUUUAUAAAUAAUAAUAAUAAGAUUUUUUUCUUUUUUUUUUUUUUUAGACUAUAUUGUAGUUUAAUUAAAUGUGGAUUGAUAAUAAUUAAUAAAAAUGCAUCAGGUAUAAAAUUGU